AUGUCUGCUCCGCAUACGACUGUUCCAGUGUCCGCCGUAGUCCCCCGCGCUCCUGCGCUUGCGAGAUGGGAGAAGACGAAGAACCGGAGAGUCAGUUGGCUCGUGGAGUGUGUCGCUGAAGCCACCGGCACCUUCUUGUACACCUUCGCUGGAGCGGGCUCGACGGCGUCUUUCGUCCUGGGAAACAUCCUCAAAAUCGACGGCCUCGGCAGUCUCCUUCAAGUCGGUCUCGCCUACUCCGUUGGCAUUGCUCUGGCUCUCGCAAUCUGCGUCACGACAUCGGGCGGUCAUUUCAACCCGGGCUUCACGGUCCAUGCCGUCGUCUUCCAGGGCUUUCCCAUUCGAAAGGCCCUCAGGCAAGUGACUGAAUACAUCGAUAUAUUUGGCGCGUAUAUCGCCUGCCUAUUGGUGUAUGUCCAGUACAAGCAGCUCAUUCACACCGCCGUUGAUGCUCUGAAGGGGGCCGGUCUAUACGAGAGUCUGAUGUUCACCCCGAACGGUCCUGGCGGCAUUUUCGGUCUCUACGUAAACCCUGGAUCGAACCUCGGCUACGUCGUCCUCAACGAGUUCGUUUGCGAUUUCAUCAUCGGGAUUUGCGUAUUCGGGGUCCUCGAUCCGUCGAACCACCUCGCGAGCCCGACGACGCUGCCGUGGCUGAUCGGCCUAGCAUAUGGCGUCGUCAUCUGGGGCUUCUCUCCGGUCGGCGUCGCUGCGAACGCGGCGCGCGACCUGGGCGGUCGCUUCGCCGCCCUCACGCUGUUCGGGACCGCUGCGAGCGGCGGCAAGUACGCGGCCCUUGCUGCGCUCACGAACAUCCCGGCGAUACUGCUCGCGGGGCUCUUCUACGAGGUCGUCUUCGCGGACUCCACACGAGGUGCGCGCCUAGCCUAG